AUGGAAGACGGUGAAAACUCUGAGCAACAAAGCGCACAGCCUACGCGGCUACCUUCAUUGAGCUUAUCGCAGCCACAAAUUCCAGAAUCGUCGAGUGCAGCGACACAGCAGCAACAGCAGCAAUCACCACAACCACCCCAACCACAGCCCUCUGGCCCAAUAAAACCUUCUAAGCUAAAAUUAACAAUACCUGCUCAUCUUAAAGAGGAAAAAGCUCAAAAGGAUGCACAAGCAAAGCACUUGAGAAGAGGUGGUAGAACACGGCAAUCUGCUGGAUUCUCAGGUGGUUCUAAAGAUGAUAGUGAUCGCUAUAAGCCACCUAAAUUUAAAUCAAAUUUAAAGCUUAAAGUGAAGCAACUCGGUGAAGCACCAACUGGUCCCGCUGCGUUUUUGAAUAGCUAUGAUAGAGAAUUAGACUCUGAUGAUGAGGAUUUACACAUUGAAGAGCAAUUCGUACUACGUAUGCCCGAAAAUGACGCUGAUACAGAUCGAUUGAGAGACAUGGUACAGAAAAGGGACGUUCAAGACGACGUUUGGUUUAAAUUUAAAGAUAGCAGGAGAGCUCAGUUUCAUAUUGGCGAGAAGCUUAGAUCUGCAAAGCUAGUUGACUUACCUACGAUCAUUGAAUCACAGAAAACACUGGAUAACAAGCAAAUGUUUAAGAUUGCUGAUAUUUGUCAAAUGUUGGUUGUUGGAGAUGAAAUUCAGCCAGAUGCACCUGAAACUAAAGCUUUUAACACCAACGAGUAUGUUUAUCCUCAUGGUAUAACACCACCUAUGAAGCACGCGCGUAAGAGAAGGUUUAGAAAGCGUGUUAAUCGUCAAACAAUUGAAACUGUCGAAGAAGAAGUUGAAAGAUUACUUACGCAAGACGCAAAGUCUGAUAAGGUGGAAUAUGAUGUUUUAGAUAGAACAGCAUUCGAAGCAGAGAUUGCACAAGAUGAAUCUGAAGCUGGUACACCAUAUCCAUACCCUGAAGAAAGCUUUAACGCAACACCACGUGCAGAGUCAGAAGUUGGCAGUUUGAUGGGUGAUAGAGAAGAAGAAGAAGAGGAAGAGGAAGGAGGCGAUCUUGAUAUGGAUCUUGCUGCUGAAAUUGAUAAAGAAAUGGAGAAUCAAGGUAAAGAUGAGGAUGAUGAUGAUGAUGAUGAUGAGGAUGAUAGUAGUAGUGAAGAAGAAAUUGAAGAAGAAGAAGAAGAAGAGCAAGAAGGAAAUGUAGAUAAUGUGACUAUGGAACUCGCAAGGAGAGGAAAAUUGUUAAACGAGGAGAUUAGGGAUGUUGAGACAGCGCUUUCAAAGAAGAGAGCGGAAACAGCAACAACAGGGAAUCCAAUCAUCAAGAGGAGGUUUGAAGAUGCUUUACGGAAAUUGCAAGCAGAUUUGGAUGCUAAGAAGCAGCAAUUGGAUGACAUACACGAAGAGAGGAGAAGGAUAAUUGAGGAGAAGAAGGCGGAAGAGGAGAGUGAAGUGAUUAGGGCGAAUGAAGUUGUUGAGGAAUCAGAGCCACAGCCAGAGCAGACACAAGUAGCGCCACUACCAGAACCAGAGCCAGAGCCAGAGCCAGCAGGACAAGAGCAAGUAACAAUGGAAGUAGAUAAAGCGUUAUUUGAAGUUUAA